AUGAAAAGGUUCAAGACACAUUUCAAUGGAUACUCUGUCGAGUUCAGCCCUUUUGAAGAGCAGAGAUUGGCUUGCGCCACAUCUCAACACUUUGGUAUCAUUGGUAAUGGUCGUCAGUAUGUGCUCGAUGUGUUGGACCGUGAGAUAGCAGCAUAUCGCGUAUAUGAUACAAGAGAUGGCUUGUACGAUUGUACGUGGAGUGAGGAGAAUGACCGUCAUCUGGCCAGUGCAAGCGGCGACGGCUCCAUCAAGAUAUGGGAUACAUCGGCGCCCAAUGGCGAGCGACCUCUAAAGUCGUUCGAAGAGCACACCAAAGAGGUGUACUCCAUCGAUUGGAACCUCGUCAGCAAGGACAUCUUUGUGUCGGGUUCGUGGGACAUGUCGAUCAAGACGUGGUCGCCGCGCGCCGACCGCUCUCUGCGCACGUUCCGCGAGCAUCGCUACUGCAUCUACAGCACGGUGUGGUCGCCGAGGAACCCGCAUCUAUUCGCAUCAGUCAGUGGAGAUACAUCGAUGAAGAUAUGGGAUCAUCGUGACACUCGAUCCCUAAACACAAUCAAGGCGCACGACAAUGAAGUGCUCACCUGUGAUUGGAACAAGUACAACGAGAAAGAGAUAGUCACUGGUUCAGUUGAUAAGACUAUACGUAUAUGGGACAUUAGAUACCCAGAUAGACCUACGAAUAUACUAAGAGGACACUCUUAUGCAGUGCGAAGGGUCAAGUGUUCACCUCAUUCUGAUGCAAUGCUUGCUUCUUCAUCAUAUGAUAUGAGUGUAAUAAUAUGGGAUAGAGCAAGAGAUGACCCAAUGCUGUUAAAGAUGGACCACCAUACAGAGUUUGUCGUCGGCUUGGAUUGGAAUAUGUUUAUCGAUGGUCAGAUGGCAUCCUGCUCCUGGGACGAGAGCAUUUGCGUCUGGAAUCUGGGUCGCGUCCCUCCACAGCAGUUCCAACAGCAUCAUCACCAUCAACCGCCCCCUCCCCACCAUGCACCUCCAAUGCGACCAUAA